ACCGAUCAGGAUUGCUAUGCUCCAAGUUCUCCAUCCACCGUAGUCACACCCGUCUAUUUCCAGAGGCCAUUCCUGCGCACGAGCACCAGGGUUUCAUCGUUCACUUGACCAAGAUCGCAAAAGCUGGCGUGAGACGAGGGAAGGCGCAGUGGGCGGACGGAUGGAGGUGAGUUUCUUGCAGGCGUCAUCGAACGCAGCGCCGUGCUAUGGUGGCGCCCAGUCGUUCGGUGCACCGUCGAAGAUGCCUACUAGGCAUUACAGCAAUCCCCACGGUCAGGCGCACGGGAGCAUCGCGGCUCUGCGUCUUCCGCCUAUCAGAGAGACGCUCGAUACCGCGCUACCCUACUCACAACAGCUCCCAGCCAUGUCUCCGCAUGCGUCGGCGCAACGGUCGGACCCUGCGUACCACCUCCCCUCUGUGAACCGUAUUGCAGCGCCGUCGUUUAGCAUGGGUCCGCUUGCGCCGACUUUCGCUGUGCCGCGCGACCCUCACGCAAGGACAGAGACGACUAGAGAUUCGCACCGCUCCCACCGCACAGUAACUCUGCCGGAGCUCUCGCCCUCGUUGAGCAACAGGAGCGGGAGCAGCAGCAGCAGCGGCGGCGGACAUUGGCGUGAAGACGGAUCCGCAUCAUCUUCUGAACGGUGUCAGUAUGCCUUCUCCCAUGGCGCGCAAGAGCCUUACCCACGAGCCCAAGCUAGCUACGGCGCACAGAACCGGCAUCUUCCGCCACCACAUCCGCCCGUUUCUUUCGGCGUCAGAGGCACCUUCGGUGGUGGCAAAAUGCUGCACGCUCAUGCUCACCCAUCUCCACCGUCACCUGGACUCCUGCGCGCUCCCAAACGCGGAAGAGACAUGCGCUACACAGAUGCACCGUACGCGCGCUCACCGCCACCGCCAGCUUCAGCUUCAGCUUCUACACCUGCUUCACGGGUUUCUUACUCGUCUCGACAAGACUAUGUAGCAUACCCUCACCACACCAAGGGCGAAGCACGAUCACUCAAUGCUCCAUGCGACGACCAUGCGCCUGGAACGACAUCAGAGGGCCCAAGCCAGCCGGCACCUUCCGGCACCGCGCAGUCAGGAUCCGAUGCAGUGGUAACUUCGGAUGCACGGACCAGCACCAUUGCCGCACUUGCCGCUGCCACAUCGGCUUCACUGCCCAACAUCUCUGCGGUCCCUGCUAAGUUGAAAGACUCGGUCGAAUUGCAGCGCACCUUGCGGCCACGGCUCGACAGUCGAGAAGGCGUGCCUGCUUGCAACGAAUGCCGGAGGAGGAAAGUCAAAUGCGACCGUCGAUCGCCCUGCGGAAGAUGCGUCGCGUCGAAGCGCACCUGCGAGACGUCGGACAUGCUGAUGCGCCGCGGUCCGCUGACGCGCCAGCAGAAGGAGGUGUUCGCCUCAUCUGGCAUCACGUACGAGUCACACAGGGACAGGAUGCGCAAGAAGCGCUUACUCAGCAACCUCGCGUGGGGCGCUGCCGCUGAGCUGAGCGCUGAGCAUCAGCAUCCGCACCAUCAUCUGAUGCAGCAAGGUGGGCACCUGUUGCAUACGCAAGGAUACGAAGUGGCUCCGAGAGCAGCUGCGACGCCGUUCAGAUGGAGCGAGUCAUAUGCGUCAGCAGCGAAUGAACUUCCAACGCAGCGGAAGGCGUCUUCGUGGCCGGAAACGUUGGUGACGCUGCCGCCGGCACCGACUCAUGCGAAUGGCGCCGGCGAGUGGUACCACGCAUCAGAAUACGACCCCGCGAUGUGCAGCCCUCCCAAUCGCCGCCUCACAUCACCGCAAUCGCACUCGAUCGCCAAUCUCUCACCUGCAGCUCCGUCACGGCUGGCGCCACUGUCCCACUUCUGCGGAAGCAAAGCCGAUGGAGAGUCUGAUCAGCACCCUCGUUUGUACGUACAAUCUCCCAGCGACAACAACGAUAACGUACAGCAGCAGCAGCAGCGGAGCGCCGAUCAAAAGUCGCCGCUGCUCUCGCCUGCGCCUCACAACCCGCUAUGCGCUGCAUACUGGCACGGCCACAGCUUCAUGCAUGCACAUCGACAGGCUCGCGAAUAUGGCAGCUACAAAGUGCAAGCGCCACACGGCUCACGCGAUAGCCGCACCUUGCCAUCGCCCGCUGGGCCGCGGCGCCGCCCGCACAUUGAACCGACUCGCACGGCCGAUGCACGCAGGAGCCCUCACAGGCUGCCAGACACUAGGCCGUUCGGAGACGAUAAUAUGGGACGGCCGCUGCCGCCGCCUGCAAUUCCUCCGCGUGCCGGCAGCGUCUGAUGGGCCUGGGCGAGAGCCAGGGCCAGGAGCAUGGGGCUUGGUUGGGUGGCGAUCUCGCGUUUCCGUCUUUUGCUGACUUUUGUUUUCGCACGCUGCAUGGAUUGGAAUUGCAUUGCACAUAUCUGUAUCAAAAGGUAACGUCACGCAGCACGCAACAA